AUGAACUUUCCAGCCAUUGGCCCCACCAAGGUAAUUGCACCUUAUUCAAUCACAAACCUUCCUCCUCUUAUUAUUGGAGGAGCUGUGCUCAAUUUUAUUUAUACCAACGACCCUACAAAACUACCAAUCCAAGACAUUCUUGAUAUCGCCUUCUCGAAAGGUCUCAAUGCUAUAGAUACCUCCUCAUACUACGGCAGAUCUGAGGAAUUGAUUGGUCAGGCCUUGAAGAAUCUUCAGUCCAAGUGGCCCCGUGAUAGCUAUUACAUUUGUACCAAAGCUGGACGUAUUGCCGAGAACGAGUUCAACUACUCUAGAGAGCAUGUGAGGGCCUCGGUCAAAAACUCAAUGAAGCUACUCAAUACCAACUAUCUCGAUCUUGUUUACAUGCAUGAUGUUGAAUUCGUGGAAACUCCAAAAAUCUAUGAAGCUUUGAAGGAAUUGCGUGCGUUGAAGAAUGAGGGCUUGAUCAAGGCAUUUGGAUUCUCCGGAUACCCCAUCAAGUUUUUGUAUGAGAUUGCACACACUUGUGCCCACGAGAAGAAGGAGGAGAUCGGCCCAGUGGAUUGUAUUCUUACCUACUCCCAUGGCUGUCUUCAGAACACUGCCCUUUUUGAUAUGUACGACUCGUUCAUAAACGAUUGUGGCAUCAAGAAGCUUCUUAAUGGAUCUAUCUUGAGCAUGUCACUACUUCGGUCGGGCAAAACGCACGACUUUCACCCUGCUCGUGUCGAAUUGAGAGACAAGGUUGACGAGGUGGCUCAGUUCUUAAAGGAUUCACAUAACGUGGAGCUUGCGGAAUUGGCUACUAGGUUUGCUCUCAAACGUUGGCUUUUUGACUCGCAAAGUCAAAAGGAAUAUCCACUUGAGUGGAAUAAUAAGACCUCUGUUGUGCUUGGUGUGUCUACGGUGGACGAACUCAAUUCUGCCUUACAAAGUUAUUAUAGCGUGAAGGACCAGGCGAGUGACGAAGAUGAGAAAUUGUUCAAAUUGACAAUCGACAAGUUUGGUGACUAUUAUAAUGAAACCUGGCCGUCUGGACUUCACUAG